UGAGGGUAAUUCGACUCUCACGGUAAGCCCAAAAGAGUUGAAAGGCUUAAAACUACAAGAUGAGAAUGCGAACGACAUCGGAACCAUUGAAGAGGCUGAGCUAGCAGCAGAAUGCCGGAUUAUUGGAGAUGAGACAACAUGCUGGUGCGGGUCUGAGUAUAUCUGGGAUGAGACUGUGAUUACGGAUCACAGCAUCUGCCGCAACAAACUAGAGUGUGUGGCAAACAUUUCUCACUACACACCUUUGUGCAUUCCCAAAAUUUUAAUUCAACUUGAGGGAACUAUGACAAAGACAAACUAUGUUUCCACACCGUGGUCCUCAUCGAGCCUAAAUACUACACUGGCGAAAGAGUUUAACGAUAACUUCAACGGAUUUGAGAGCCUCACAACCACAGUAAGCAACUCUGGAAAGGAUGCUGAGUUUGCAGUGACUAUCACUGCAUUAUUCAAAACUUCCACACUCAAUACGUUGAUUAACACACUUGCUAGCGCGGUAUAUGCCAGCACAACAGUUGAAACUACAGGAUUGGUUGAGAUGUUUUCACCUAACAAGACAAUACCCUAUAAAGAAGAAAAGGUUGAACUGACCUGCAACUUGAACAUAGAUGACCCCAUGAGUUCGUGUAGUUGGUUUGUCUCGCAAGACAACAAUGAACCAUCGGCCAUUGGGAAAGGCACCCAAGUUGAUGUUGAGUCUUCGUGUUCGAAUGUCACAACACUUACACUGAAAAAGCCAACAGGGCUUUGGGAAGGUGUGUAUACAUGCAAGUUUAUUCAGGGUUCAGUUGCACACAAGGCCUCCGGAGAGGAGUUACACAUUGACACGCUUCCAGACAAGAUCACAAUAUUAAGUGAGACAGCAGACUGCACAAGUUCAUCCUCAGUUGAUGUGAAGGUCGAAUGUCGAAUUCCCCGUCCUACCCCUACUGCUGCCAUUGUGAAUUACAGGGUCAUCCUUGACACACCACCAAAGGAAGAGGGACGGAUGAUGAGAGACGGUUUCGAUUCAAACGAAAUUUGGUAUAAAAAGGAAAUAAGCAUAUCUUGUGAUGAUAAAACAAAAAAGGUUCAACUCACGACAUGUCGGUUCGAAAACAACAGCAGUGGGAAAGUAGAAAAAUCCAUAAGCAUCCCAAUUCUCCAAGCGAAUGACCGAUUCUGUAUAGAAGAAUUGCCUUGGCCAAAAACCAAGGCUGGUGAAGAAGCCUCAGGGUCUUGCCCAACUGGAAGGGUAGGCUACACGAGCCGCAAGUGUGAUAAAGAUGGUAAAUGGGAGAAAGUGCUGGACUACUGUGUGAAUGAGGCCAUAAACAAGUUGAGUUCUUCUGUAGAGAACUUCCAAUCUGGACUGAAUGCCACUCCUGAGAUCGCCAUGGAAAUAUUUUCUGGUUUGAAGAACAACAGUGCUUCUGGCACCAAUAUGAGUCUUGGUGAUGUCACAGCCACCAUAGGCAUCCUGGAUGGGAUGAAAAAGGCAUCUUCUGAACUAAGACUACAGGAUGAUUCAAUGAUGAAUGACUUCAUAGAUUCUGCAAGCAAUAUCCUGUCCACAGAAUGGACUGAUGACAACACCAUCAAAGAGGAACUUUCUACAAACUACCUGCAAGCCGUUGAGGGCCUGGUGAAAAAUAUGGAAGUAAACCAAAGUGAUGGGCACAAUUCCUCAAACGUACAACUUCAAGUUUGCCGAAAUGAUCAAGCCUGUAACAGAACAAUCUUUGGUGUGGAAAUGGCAUUGACAACUAAAGCACAAGCAAAAGUGGUGGCGCUAAAGGAACUGGCCAAUAAACUCCCAAAUAAUUUCCGUAAUACAGAGAGUGCUAGCAUUGUGGUCUCAGCCACUCUUGAUAACAACUCUGAUCACACAAACAUCACCCUAAUAUUUCCUUUCAACCAGACCACAGCCCCUCCAGGCUUCAAAAUCAAAUGCGUUUUCUGGCAAACCAAUCAGAGCCGGUGGUCAGAUGAGGGUUGUGUGCGGAGAGAGACCGAGGAAAACAUUAUCUGUGAGUGCAACCACUUGACCUCCUUCUCAUCGCUCAUGUCCAAAGAGGAAGUUGACUUGCCCUUGCUGGAGGAGAUCACCUACAUUGCACUUGGGAUUUCCAUCUGUUCGCUCCUUGUCUUCCUGUUCAUCGAAUGCCUAGUUUGGAGUGCCAUCGUCAAGUCCAACCUCUCCCAUUACCGUCACACAUCCUUGGUCAACAUUGCUGUCUCUCUGCUGCUUGCCGACUGCAGCUUCCUUGCCUCAGCAUUUCCAGACAAACUUGGAAAGCUAACAUGCUUGGCCUUGGUGCUGGCAAAGCACUUCUUCUUCACGGCCAUGUUCUUCUGGAUGCUCUGCUUGAGCCUAAUGCUUCUCCACCAACUCAUCUUCGUCUUCAGUCCACUCAGGAAAAGAGUCUUCAUGAUCUUGUCCUUCACCGUCGGCUAUGGCGGCCCCACAGUGGCAGUUGGUGUCUCAUAUGUAUACUACAAUAUACUAGAGAAGGAGCCAGGGAGCAGUUACCAUGACCCAGAGACGUGCUGGUUGAGGUUCGAAGGGCCAAUGAAAGGCUCACUUCAUGCUUUCCUGUUCCCGGUGGGAGUCAUCACGCUGAUGAACCUGAUCUCCAUGGUGGUAGUGAUAGUUACCCUCCUGAGGCCAAAGGUUUCAGAGGGCAAGACGGACGACAAGGAGACUCUGAGAAGCAUCAUAAAAGCGAUUGUUUUUCUGACCCCUGUCUUUGGUGGAACAUGGAUUCUUGGACUUGUUUCAUUCUCGAUGGAUAGCAAAAGCCCUCUUAAAACAAUACUUGACUAUGCCUUCACCAUUACCAACUCUCUUCAGGGCUUCUUAAUCUUAGUAACAGGAUGUCUUGGCGAAAAACGGGUUCGAGAGGAGGUCCUGAAAUACAUACAGGGCUCGAGAUCAACAAAAAGUGAGAGCAAGCAAAACCUGACAACAUCCAUUAAGAAGUGAUCCCUUAAGUGUACUGUGGGGCCAGGAAGUGACCAGCAUUGUCAGCACAGCUAAAUGGAAAGAAGCCAUUCAGCAGCGGGGUUCACAGUGGUCACUGUUACUAUGGAGUUUGUUUCUCAAAACCAUAGUUACUAACCUGUUAUGUUAGAAACGUACAUGUAGUUGGUUGGCAAUGGGUAACUGCACUGCAACCAACAAAGUUCUUAACUUAGUUUGCAGCUAUGCUUUUGGGAACUGUGCCCAUGGAAAGUAAUCUCCCCUCAGCCUCCGGAAUCAGUUCUGCAUUAGCUGAGUGUUUCUUGAUGUCCAUACUAGCUUGAUCUUUGACUUGCUGUCAUGUAAUGUAGGUUAGAUUGUACAAAAAUGCUAAUGUUUGAGCUUGUAUUUGAGCUUGUCUUUGAAUAGAAUAGUAGCUUUGAUUAUUUGUUGUGAACAUUAAUGAAGACACAAUAUUUUAAGGAAGAAACCCUCUCUCUAGUAGCCUACCUCCUCUUCUAGCACAUAUCACAUCACCAUCCCCUUCUAGAAUUGUCACUUGAUUCAAUAUGAGUAGUACCUAUAGUAGCACUUAUAGUAACUUGUCCUGUGGCACUGUACACCUUCACUGUUUACCUUUUUUGUAAGUCGCUUUGAAUAUAAGCUAAAUGACUAAAUGCUAUGUAAAGAACUAUCACAUUAUAUGCCACCAGAAG